UUGUCAUACGAACAGAUACAGUUACAAAUAAAUAUAGUGGCUGCACACCAAUAGUAGACAUCCUCUGAACCAAGCUUGCGCAUUUGUUAAAUUCUUUCAUUUUCUGUUUUGCUAGACUUGGUAAACAGGUCCUCAUCCAAUCCCAGUUGUUUGCGCAGGGAAGUCUACUGAGAAGCAGCUGUUUUGACCUGCGAGUAUGAAAGGACAUCUGGUACUUCCUUUACUUUUCCAAGUUAUUCUGCUGUAUGAUUCUUUGGCAUGGGAAGUGAGAAUUCCAAAGGAAAUUCAUGGCCUUAAGGGUUCCUGUCUGGUUAUUCCGUGUUCUUUCAAAUACACAUCGGACCCACCCACUAAUCCAAAUAGGGUUGUGUGGUAUCAGUGGGUCUCUAAUGGCUAUCCUUUAGUUUAUGAUCCUUUGAAUACAAACCAGGUCAUUGACAAGUUUAAAGGGAAAACUGAUUUAUAUGGAGACCCAUCAAAAAAGGAUUGCAGUCUAAGGAUCCAAAGCCUGGAAAUGUCCCACAAUGGAGAGAAAAUUUAUACCUGGAUUGACCCAGAAAAUGUUGGAUAUAAGACAUACAAGUUUUAUGAUGUCACCUCCACAAUUCUGGUUGACUCAAGUCCAGAGCAGCCCAGCAUCAAUAUUUAUGGUGGCGAAAGGGUUGGUGAAAAGAUUAUAGUGGCAUGUGCCACUUUCCACACCUGUCCAUACAGUGAACCAAAAAUCUCUCUGAAUGGUAUAAAAGGAUCUGACCUGAUAGAGAGAAAGGACAUUAAAGACGGCCUUUGGAAAAUCACUCUGACACGCACGGGUGUUGUAAAGGCUGAGAGCACAGAUAUUGAGUGUUCUGUUACAUAUAAUGGUGGAAUAAUAGCAACAGCUACAAAGAACCAAAAUGCCAAAUGUGUUCAUUAUAAUAUAACGAUUGAGCCUGAACUGGCAGAUGUCACAGAGAACAUUACAAAGAUCUUCAUCUGCACUGUUUACCAUUCAUGCCAAAAAGAGAAUCCAACCAUCACAUGGAACUAUGAGAACAUGCAGGUCUCAAAGAGUAAUAAAAAGCUUUCAGGGUUAGAUCGAGCCACUUUGUCCACCAUAACAUUUUUGGGCACAAAGAAUGACCAUGGGAAGAAAUUGACAUGCACUGCAAAAUUUUCUGGAGGAGACUUUACACAAUCUGUUGUUUUACGUGUACAAGAGCAAGUAAAUCAAAUCCAGAAUAUAACGAGUGAAUCCACUCCAGAACAAGUGAAUCCAAUCCAUAAUAAAAGCAUUGACUUGAAGACCAUUUGGCCGUACGUUAUAGUGCCCUCACUUGUGAUCCUCAUCGGUUGCUUAAUUGCCGGACUCAUAAUAUACAAGAGGCAACACAGACUACCCCCAGAAGAUAUUCAAGGAUCGCAAACAGGACCUAGACAGAGGUCAAGCAAUGUAUUUACGGUGUCUGAAAAUGAGCCUUUUUCCAAACCACGUAUUCCAUCACCAAAGAGUCAGCAAAAAUCCUGCUCUGGUUAUGAUUAUGAGGCUGAUUACACCAACAUAUCCGACAUGAACGUGUAUGGCAAUGUCUGAUGAAAGUGCUACAGUAUACAUGACCAAAUGAACAAAAUGGGCUCUGUACAGUGUUUUUGAAAAGAUCCAAAAAGGCUCUUGGGGAAAAAAAAAUGUACAUUGAGUAUUAGCAUCAAGAUUUUAUGACUUGCAACACAACUCAUGAUUUUAUACUUAACACAUUAUACUAUGUACUGUAAAGCUAUGUGUAGAUGACAAAUUGAGUUACAGUAUCUUGCUUCAGCAGUAUGGUUAAGCUAUCAAUUUUAUGUCGUGGGAAAUUCUGCAUUUCUGUGUUUAAGAUGUAUGACUGAUUUAACCUCCUGGGACCCGAGCGUGGCUGUUUGCAUUUUCCAUUUCCCUUUUUGAUUUGUAAUUAAUAGCACCCGAUAGAGAUGCAAAAAAACAAAAUCUUGACCACUUGGUUGUCCUAAACAUUCAUGGCAGCAUAUCUGUAAAGUGGGAGUAAUUUGUCAAAUUUUCAAUACUACCAAGCUAUAGUCAGGUAUUCUUUUAUCAAAUUGUUAAUUAUGUUUCCAUGAGUGUUGGUUAUUUGUAUUUUUAGACGUUACAGACAUUACAUCAGAAAUUAGCAGAAUUCAUUCUGGUAGAAAGUAAUGGCCAGAAUCAUCCAAUCACUGCCAACCAUGUUAAAAUAAAAUUAUCCUUUAUAAUUCUGAGUCUAUGUACUGAUUACCAUUGUUCCAUGUCUGCCAAACAUGUUGAGUGGUCCAAAUAACUUCUGCAGCUUGAAACUGAACUUUUGGACAGAUUUUAGGAGUGAAUGCACUUAGCUGCAUGGAGAGCUAUAGGAUGCUGCCUUGCUCCCUAUUUAGUGAAUGACUUAACCUCCAGUGUGCUGUCUGUCUGCACUAGCCUCAGAACAGUUCGAAAUGUACCAUAUUUUCAUCCUAACUCCAUAUAAAGGCCUGAAAGCAAAAUUGUUUAGCUUUUGAAUGAACCCAUUUAUUUGCAAUUUAUAAUGCACAGUAAAUAAAGGAUUUCUAAGUGAAAAAUGCGCUAAAGUACUCUGUGUCAAUCAGCAUGGUGUUUUACAAUAAAUUGCUCAAAUUAAAAAAAUGGCACAUUGGAUGGAACUCUAAUCUUUUGACUCAAACAGCUUUCUAUGUAAAAACUUACAAAAUGUCUUUCCAGAUGGAUUUUUGCUGGCAUCUCUCAAAGACAAAUUCCGCUGUGGUCAGCGCUAUGUUGUUUUGUCACAUGACUAUGUGCAUCGAAAUUUGAGCACUUUACUAACAGCCCAGUGUCUCCUGAACUGAUCAGUUGGUUUAAAUGAAUUUGAAUUAUACAUUGCAUAUAGUGAAGCCAACAUACAUCAUCUAUGCAUGUGUAAGCAGGGUCACAUGAGGUUAAAAAUUUUAAAUGCACUUAAUAUUAAAUGUGAUUUUGCAGCUUACUCAUAAAUAAAUAAUG